AUGAAUGUACGAGUACCCGUGUCGCCUGGCUGGUGGUACGGAGGGCAGAUGCGAGGCCAGAGGCUAGACUUGAAACGAACGACACAGUCAUAUAAUGAGGUCAUUAGUGCAGAAAGUCACACACAUGAAGUCUUAUGCAGAAUUCCUGCGACUAAUUUGCGAGCUCCUUUGGCAGCGGUGCGACGUAGUUUGCUCUUCAAACUCUCAGUGUCACCGCUAUUCAAUCUCUUCUCCGCGGCUCGGAUCGUCACUGGCCCCUGUACUGCUUCUUCAGGGGACAAUGGUACUUGUUACUCUUCUAACAUCUGCAAGAAUCUUGGAGGAGCUGCUUCCGGUACCUGUUCUGGUGGCUCCGGCACCUGCUGUGUCUUUCAACAAUCGUGUGGAGGGAUGACCUCACAGAACUGCACUUACUUCGUUAACACAAACUACCCAAAAUCCUACAACGACGUCGGUUCCUGUCAACUCACCGUCAACAAGAUCAGCAACAACAUUUGUCAACUCAGGCUAGACUUCGACACCUUCAUGAUAUCACAGCCAGAAACAGUGGACCAUCAGUGUAUCAACGACAGAUUCACAGUAUCAGGUGGUACACCUGUCCCAUCUAUUUGCGGUACCAACACCGGCAACCAGAUGUACGUUGACCUAGGCCCUGGAGCCACUACGCCCACCGUGUUGACCUUCAUCACUAUGGGUCCCGCCUUUGACCGCAAGUGGAAGGUGAAGGUUAGCCAGAUCCCCUGCAAUACUGAUUAUUCAGCACCUACGGACUGCCUGCAGUACCUGACGGGGGUGACUGGGCAGAUCAAGUCCUUCAACUACGACGUGAGCACAGGCUUGCAGCUCUCCAACCAAGAUUACACGAUAUGCAUCAGACCAGAGAAGAACUUCUGUGGCAUCCAGUACAUGGCUUGUUCUGACACAGUGAACACAAGCCCGCAGUCGUUCACCAUCACGGGCAGCACUGCCUCACCUGUGGGUAGUAUUGUUGGGGCUACCGAAUGCAGUAAGGACUGGUUAACUAUCCCAUGCGUCUCAGACAACUCGAGGAACCCGUCUUCCAACUGCCAGGACCGUUUGUGUGGUGACAACCUCAACGUCAUCGCCUCCACCACCGGAGGCAACGUGAGGGUGUACAGUUAUGUGAAGCCGUUCUUCCUGGUGUAUCAUACUGAUGCCACUGAGGGAAGCGCCAGUCCUCCAGAACUUAACAAUCGUGGCUUCUGUCUUAACUAUGUCCAGCAACCUUGCGUCUAGGGUCGUCACACCAGAGCAACACGAGGUAGGCGUCUAGCUCCUGGUGUAUUCUGAGUGUCAUACCGUCCCUCAUCUCCCGCUGUGACGAUAUAUAAUCAUGUAUACCUUUCAUUUUAUUUGAAAAAGCUCAUUCUAUGUUCAAAAUUAUUUAAGCUCUGCAACUCUGUGUACGUCCUUUAAAUUUUCGUUUUAUUGCUUUCACAUUUAUUAAAUAUAUACUACUAGUUAUCCCUUGUAGAUCUUCGUUAUUUACUAUGAAGGAAUUUUUAAAUCGGUUAACUUUAUUCAGGUUCCUUACACAAGUUUCCAUUUUUAUAAUUAUCUCGUAUAGUAACGAGUAUAUAACCUAGGAUAAUUAUUAUUGUAAUCAAAAAGAAGCGCUAAACCUACAAGUCAUACAGUGCUACCUAGGAUAAGAAUACAAUAUCUAUUUCUUUUAUUUAUUCGUGAGCUUCAUAAACAAGUAUUUAUAAAUGUGUAGGUAAAUUCGUAUCUAAUUACCUUUUGCAUAUAUUCAGAAUACAUAUAUAGGUGAACAGACGUUGUCGUGUACACUGAGUUAUUAUUCAUUGGGAAGCAAUUAAUUUUUUUAUCUACAUUUGGGGUUAAAACAAAAUUUACAAUGACUUUCUAUGAGGGUACACAUAUGUAAUGAGUACAUUAUGUAAAUUUAAUCCAGGAUAACCCAAUAAAGUAAAACAAUC